GACGAACAUAAGAUUUACUAUUUUUAUUAUCAGUGAUAAUGAAUAUCAAUCUUUUAAUUGCAGUAACAAUUAUUUAUACUGCUAAUCAACUUCUAAAUACCGAGGCUGAAUUGAGUAUUGUCAGUUACGAUGUCACUUGUCCCAAAGCUGAUCCUGUUUAUUUCCGAGACAUAGAAGUGUACAUUGAAGAUGAAGGCAAAGACAACGAAUUUUUUAUCAAUUUUACAUUGAUCAAGAAGUUGCCUGCUGAAGCAACACACACUCUUAAGAUGAUAGGAGCUUCAAUGGGUGAAUUUGUUGUGGCAACUGGAAUUGACUUUACAAUUACACUGUGUGAAGCCUUUACAGAACCUAUAUUCGGUGAACGGAUGUAUCGUCAAUUAGGGUUAAACGUCGACGAGUGUCCAGCUGUUCCGGGUGUUUAUGGAGGAAGUCACAUAAAUUUGGUAGACAAAGAUUCCCUUCCAGAUACAUUUCCACCCAACGACUACAAAAUGAUCGUCAGUGCUCAGGUAGAAGAACACAUUCUUUUUGAGUGUUGGACUUUCUUUAAAAUACAGUAA